AAACAGAAAAGCACACUGAAAAAUGAAAAGCAUGUAAAGAAAGAUGAUUCUGAAACACCACAUGUGAAAAACCUACCGAAGAAAGAGGCAAAAUCCUCUAAGGAGAAGCCUGAAAAAGAAAAAAGUCUGUCAGAAGACAAAUUGUCCACGAAACAUAAACAUAAAGGGGACAGUGUGCAUAGAACAGGUGACGACACUGAGCUUCACUCUUCUGAGAAAGGUUUCAAAGUAGAUGAAAGUGUUCAGAAGCAAAGUCAACAGACCAAACUCUCUUCAGAUGAUAAAGCUGAACGAAAAAGUAAACAUAGGAGUGAAAGGAAAUUAUCAGUUUUAGGCAAAGAUGGAAAGCCAGUUUCUGAGUAUAUUAUAAAAACAGAUGAGAAUGUUCGGAAAGAAAACAACAAAAAAGAAAGACACUUGUCAACCGAAAAAACGAAGGCAGAGCACAAAUCAAGAAGAUCAAGUGAUUCCAGAAUUCAGAAAGAUGCUCUGAGUUCCAAGCAACAUGGAAUCACAUUACAGAGAAGAAGUGAAAGUUACUCAGAGGAUAAGUGUGAUACGGACUCGACUAACUUAGAUAGUAAUUCCAAACCAGAAGAGGUUGUCCACAAGGAGAAGCGAAGAACAAAGAGCUUGUUAGAAGAGAAACCUGUGUUAAAGUCUAAGUCCAAAAGUCAAGGCAAACAGGUAAAAGUCGUUGAAACGGAAUUACAAGAAGGUGUCACAAAACAGACGGCCACUCCGAAACCAGAGAAGGACAAGAACACAGAAGAAAAUGACCCAGAUAGACAGCGAAAGGCUAAAGUGGAGGACAGAUCUUCCGAGGAGAGUGGUGUUGAACCCGUGUUGGAGAGCGCUGCUUCUUCAGCACACAACACGCAGAAGGACUCGAGUCACAGAGCUAAGCCGCCGUUAGCAAAGGAGAAAUACAAGGGUGACAAAGAUGCAGGCGCCUCCAGACUUGAGAGGAAGUUGUCAGAUGGGCACAAAAGCAGAAGCUUAAAGCAUAGCAGUAAGGACGGGAAGAAAAAGGAAGAGAAUAAAUCAGAUGAUGGUAAAGAAGUUGACAGUAAUCAUGACAAGGCCAGAGGGAAUAGUUCGGCCAUGGAAAGGAAGUUAAGUAGAAGGUUGUGUGAAAAUCGAAGAGGAAGCUUAUCCCAAGAAAUGACCAAAGGAGAAGAAAAACUCGCAGCCAACACUUUUGGCACUCCCAGCAGUUCCUCCCUUCAGAGACCAAAAAAAAGUGGCGAUGCCACAUUGAUCCCUGAACAAGAGCCAAUGGAAACUGAUUCUGAGCCUGCUGUUGAAAGUGUAUCUGAGGCAUUUAAAACCCAAGAGAGCAGCAGUAAUAGUUCUCAGCCAGACAUGGACUCUGAAAAUGUGAUGAAACAAAAAACUACAGCCACAGUUCCAAAGGAUGAAUUAAGAACUUCCACAAUAGACGCAAAAACAGCAGCU